UAUUUAUAAUUUAUUUUAUUUAUAAUAAUCUAGUUUUCUUUUUAGAAUGGGAAGUUAUUUCUUUUAAUUCUAAUAUAAUUAUUAUGUCAAUUUUAUUAGAUUGAAUAUCUUUAUUAUUUAUAAUAUUUGUUUCUUUAAUUUCUUCUGUUGUAAUUUUUUACAGAAAAAGAUAUAUGUCUUCUGAGAGGAAUUUGAGUCGUUUUAUUAUUUUAGUUUUAUUAUUUGUUUUUUCUAUGAUUUUAUUAAUUAUUAGCCCAAAUAUAAUUAGAAUUUUUUUAGGUUGAGAUGGUUUAGGUUUAGUUUCUUAUUGUUUAGUAAUUUAUUAUCAAAAUGUUAAGUCUUAUAAUGCUGGGAUAUUAACAGCUCUUUCUAAUCGAAUUGGGGAUGUUUGUAUUUUAAUUUCUAUCUCUUGAAUAAUAAAUUAUGGGAGUUGAAAUUAUAUUUUUUAUUUAAAUUUUAUGUCUAAUGAUUUUUCUAUAAAAAUAGUUGGAAUUAUAAUUAUUUUAGCUGCUAUAACUAAAAGAGCUCAAAUUCCUUUUAGAUCAUGAUUACCUGUGGCUAUAGCUGCUCCUACUCCUGUUUCAGCUUUAGUACAUUCAUCUACAUUAGUUACAGCUGGGAUUUAUUUAUUAAUUCGAUUUAAUAAUUUAUUAUUGGAUUUAUUUAUAUUAAAAAUUUUAUUAUUAUUAUCUGGUUUAACUAUAUUUAUAGCAGGAAUUACAGCAAAUUAUGAAUUUGACUUGAAAAAAAUUAUUGCAUUAUCUACUUUGAGACAAUUAGGGUUAAUAAUAAGAAUUUUAAGAAUAGGAUUACCAGAUUUAGCAUUUUUUCAUUUAUUAACUCAUGCUAUAUUUAAAGCUUUAUUAUUUAUAUGUGCUGGGGUAGUUAUUCAUAUAAUAAAUAAUAUUCAAGAUAUUCGUUAUAUGGGGGGAAUUAGAUAUUAUUUACCGUUUACUUCUUUAUGUUUAAAUAUUUCUAAUAUGGCUUUAUGUGGAAUUCCCUUUUUAGCUGGAUUUUAUUCAAAGGAUAUAAUUUUAGAAUUAGUUUCUUUAAGAUAUUUAAAUAUAUUUAUUUUUUUUUUAUAUUAUAUUUCUACUGGGCUAACUAUAUAUUAUAGAUUUCGUUUAAUAAUAUACUUAAUGAUUAAUGAUUUUAAUUUAUUAAGAAUUUAUAAUUUAUAUGAUGAAGAUUUUAUUAUAUUAAAGAGUAUAUUUACUUUAUUAUUUAUGAGAGUUGUUAGAGGUAGAUUUUUGAGAUGAUUAAUUUUUUCAUAUCCAUAUAUAAUUUAUUUACCAUUUAAUUUAAAAAUAAUAGUUAUUUAUGUAAGUUUAUUAGGGAUAUUAAUAGGAUAUUUAGUUAGUAAUAUAAAAAUUUAUUCUUUAAAUAAAUUUUUAUCUACUUAUACUUUAAGAAAUUUUUUAAGAUUAAUAUGAUUUAUGCCUAAUUUAUCAACUUAUGGUUUAAGAUAUAAUUUUUUAAAUUUUGGUCAAAAUUUAUUAAAAAUUGUUGAUAUAGGUUGAAGAGAAAUAUAUAGAGGUCAGGGAAUAUUUUUAAUUUUAAAAAAAUAUUCUAUUUUUUAUUAUUUUUAUCAAAUAAAUAAUUUUAAAAUUUAUUUAUUUAGAUUUGUUUUAUGAAUAGUUAUUAUAUUAUUUAUUUUAUUUAUUUA